GGGUUGCAGUAAAAUGAUAGCAGCAGGCAGGCGUGCAUGUGAGUUAGACUCCUCCUGAAGAGGACCAGCAGAAGCAUCCCUGACAGGAUGGCCUCUUUGUCCAGCUGAUGACAGGAGUUUCACCAUGGAGAAGCUGAAAGGUCCCAGAGAAGGAUGCAACAAAGCCACUUGUGGAUGGAGAGCCCUGCUGCUGCCGCAGCUGAACAGACAGUCGCUGUACGUGUACGGCAGCGAGGUGGCGGUGGAGCAGGAGUGCGUCCGUCAGCUGGAGAGCGGAGUCUUUGUCAUUCACCCUUUCAGCCCCAUGAGGAGUUACUACAUCAUGUGCAUGAUGGCCAUCACCUUCCUGAACCUGAUCGGUAUUCCCAUGGAGAUUGCCUUUCUUGACGGCAGCAGUGGACUUGUGUGGGAGAGUUUUAACGUGUUUUCAGACACUCUAUUUCUCAUGGACGUGGUCCUGAACUUCAGGAUGGGUAUCAUAACAGAGGAUGCAGAGGAAGCUAUUCUGGACAUCAAGCAAAUACGAGUCAAUUACCUGAGGACGUGGUUCAUCCCUGACAUCAUAGCAGCUUUUCCCAUCGGAUACAUACUCUUGUUUGCGGACUUACACUAUCAAAACGAAGACAGCCCAUCCAAGACCAACAAGAUGAUGAGGAUCCUGAUGUUCGUGCGGAUCCUGAGCUUGAUCCGACUGGCUCGAGUCUCUCGACUGGUCCGGUUCUUCAAUGAAGUGGAGAAAGUGUCCAAUGCGAACCUGGAGGUGGUCCGCCUGUUCUUCCGCAUCUUGUCCCUCUUCAUGAUGAUUUUUCUGCUGUGUCACUGGAAUGGCUGCAUCCAGUACUUUGUACCCAUGCUGGAGGAGUUUCCUGCCGACUGCUGGGUUCGCAAAGAAAACUUGAUGAAUUCAACAGUCAUUGCAAAGUACUCCUGGGGAGUAUUCCGAGCCCUCUCCCAAAUGAUUGCUCUCUCCUACGGCUCGAUGGAUGCUCCAACAAAUUAUGUAGAAAUGUGGAUUGUCAUGGUCAGCAUGGUGUCCGGUUGCAUGAUGUACACGGUUCUGGUGGCCAACGCCACAGCAAUGAUUGCCAACCUUGACCCAGCAGCUAAGGAGUACAAAAGCAAGAUGAGCCGUUUGGAGCACUACAUGACCUUCAUGAAGCUGCCACCAGAGCUGCAGCUUCGCAUUAGCAACUAUUACCAGGCUCGCUAUGGAGGGAAGUGGUUUGAUGAGAAGGAUGUGAUGGAAACGGUUUCCUCGUCACUCAAAGAGCAAAUCCUGAUGGUAAUGUGCAGCCGACUGCUGAGGAAAGUGCCUAUGUUUCAGAACAGAGAGGAAAACUUUAUCAACUCCAUGCUUCUUAAGCUGGAGUACGAGGUUUUCCAGGAAGGAGAUGUCAUUGUUCGCCAGCACGUCCCUGGUGAUCGCAUGUUUUUCAUUGACCACGGUCAGGUUCUCCUGGAGACCGAUUCCUAUGAGCGGGAGCUGUGUGAUGGAGACUAUUUUGGAGAGACAUGUGUGCUUACCAAAGGCAAACAUCUGGCCACAGUCAGGGCACUGACUGACUGCCAGUGCUUCUCUCUGUCCUGGAACAAUCUUCAGGAUGUACUCGGGAGCUUCCCAGAAAUCAGGAAGGAUUUGGAAAAAAGUGUCCUGCUCAACCCUGAUGCUGAACUGCUAUGAAAUCUAAAUCUAUGCAGUGCUGUUGUGGAGAGAAGCCAUUUACAGAGCAACUACAGUGAUGUACAGAGACAGUGUUUGCAAAUCUGCAUACUUCACUAAAAGGUAUAUUUUAAA